AUGACAUCGAUAUCUCUCGGGGCUCACCAGCCUUCUUCCUCUCACUGGAACCACCACCAGGAACCUCCAUCCAGUUACGACUCUCGCAUGAACAACCCUCCUACUUUUCCUCCUCCUCUCUCGGCGCCUCUCCCGAACCCGUCGUUCUCUUUUCCCGCUCAACCGCCGUCAGAAAAUAGUAGUAGCGGCGGCAGAGUCAACAGCAUCCCCAGCAACAACAUGUCUAGCAGCUCUCGGCGGGGCAGGCGGCAACCCCCUGCUUCUCUACCUUCGUUUUCUUUCCCUCAGGCGCCCCCAGAGACCGUCUCUACUCCUACUACCGCUACUGCUCCUGCUUCGACGAUAACAACAGCGACUGCUGCUGCUCCGGCCUCUCCUGGGCUUGUGGAACCCGCCCAACAUUCUGCCAAGGGACACCGCCGUCUACCCAGUGAGUUUCUUGGUGAUGUCUCCUCCCAGGUAGCCAUCAGCAGUUCCAAGGCAGUUCCUUCAACGCUCCCCCAUCCAGGCCCUGGACUCGCCGCUGCCGGUCCCGGUAGAGGUGUCCGGAGACACGCCCACAGGAGAUCCCAGGCUAUCUCCAGCGUCGACCUCACAGCCGUAGCCAAGGCAUUUCCCCCGGUACCCGUCUCUGGAAGCGUCCCAACUUCGCCCAUUUUGCCGUUUGCCAGUGACAAGAACUCAAAGCUCUCUUCGCGGUCGUUUCCGGACAUCUACACUGCUCAGCCCUCUCCCCAACGGUCAGAGCAGCAGGUUUCACCAAGGCACGCGCGCAAGGAGGAGUCGACUACUACUGCAGCAGCAGAAGUAGCUCCGGUCCCUUGCCGUCCUCUUUCGACAAUAUCUUCAGAGAGCAGUGUCUCCACCGUUCGUCCUAACCAGAUCUUCUCAGACCGUUCUGGCCCCGAACAAAGAAGUGGCGCCAGUUCUCCCCAUAACAGCAGUAAUAAUGAAACCACUACCACCAACAUCAGACCAAAGACCGCAGGUGCCCAGUUGGCAAUGAAAUGGAAAUCCUUUGGCCCUUCAAACGAUCACAAUGAACCCACCAAAAGGCCACUCUCUGCUUCCGCUUCCAUGGCUUUGAACUUCAACCUAGGAAACGUUUGCAGAAGCCAGGAAGCCGCCGACAAGACCACUUCCUCUGCCGCUUCGUCUUCUUCUUCUACUGCUAACGGGCUAGAUCGUGAGACGGAUGACGCUGAAACCUCUACCUUGACUCAGCGCACAGCACACGAGCACAAGCCGUCUAAGAAGGAAAAGAAAAAGCGCUCCUGGGCAGGCAUCCUUAUUCGCAAGGGGAAGAAACGCUCAUCGAAGAAGUCUCGCAAGUCCCCCACGCCUCCACCCAUGCUAACACGGACCAACUCGGAGCUCGGAUCCAUGUACAGCGUUGACUUUGACCAUGAUAACACCAUCGUCAUCCGAACUCCAACGGCCCCCAAUGCUCCAAGAAGCCACCCGCAAUUUGGUGAAGCUGCCUCUUCCACGGACAACAGCCUGGAAAAUGCAUGGAAACCGAAGAGCUUCUACGAGCAGCAGAGUAAUCCUGACAUCUUCAGUCCCGUAAUCGACCUGGAUGCUGCCCUGGGACCCUUCAACACUCCCGAAAUGGGACCGGAACGGAACAUAACCAGUGGCUUCAUGAUCGCCUCCAAGAGGAUGUACAGCGGUGGCCGCCGCGGUGAAUUCGUAGGUCCAGAGAUGCGGUACCAUAGACGUGCAGAAAGUGCGCCGGAGAUGCCCCCGUUCGACCGCAGUUUCCUAGGUAACUCCAGGUUUGGCCUCUCCGCCGCAAUGGAAAACCCCGAUGUCUUUGACGAGGAGGAGGAAGAUGCCUUUUUGGCCCAGAACGAUGACCAGGGCAACCAGAAAAACACUGACUCGUCUAAGGGCGAUGAGGCAAGUGAUGAUGACUCGGCUUCUUCUAGUGAAGAGGAGGAGGAGGAAGACGACAACAGCAGUGAUGAUGAUGGUGAGGAGGAGGAGGAGGAGGAGGAGGAGGAGGAGGAAACCGGCCUGGGUAUCCAGGUAGUCGACUCUAGUAACCUACCCGACCUCUAUCCGGCGUCCGUCGAAAGCCGUCCCAGCACUGCCCAAGUCAUCACUCCGCGCACCCCUUACGCCCACGCAAUUGACUUCGAAUCUCAGUCCCAACGGAGCAACAGCAACAGCACUACAUACCACCACCCCGGAAGCAUUGGUAUCGUGGGCUCUGAUUCCAGCCAAAUAUCUCCUCGCAACUUUGACGAAAAGCGUCCCUCCACCUCACCCGAAUUCAUCUACAAUAUCGCCAAUGCUGCGAACCUCACCCCCAUCCCCGCAAUAAUACCGCCAGUGCCUAUGAUCCCACAGGCCUUCCCUUCGCCCUCCCCUUCUAGCAUCUCCUUUGACGUCCCCCGCCUAAACACCGCUUCUUCUUCCAUGACAGACCGUCACUACAGCGCCGGGUCCGUUUACUCGGGCGAGCCGGGCUCUGACUACCUCCAAAACUCCUCCGAGGAUGUUCCAUCUUUAACCAGUUCCGCAUCGACAAUGACCGGAAAUAUCCCUAGGCUACCCAGUGCCUUCUAUGGCCGCAACCCUAGUGACCGAGCCGCCUCUUUCUCUCACGUACUGCAUCUCAACAGUGCUGCCAACAAUUCUAGCAGCAACAGCAACGCUAACAACAAUAACAACCGGCCCAGUUCUUCAAAACGUGCCAGUCUAGUUAGCUUCUCACGUCUGGUCGGUGCUACCUCUGAGCGUAGCAAACUAAGCCAUGAAGAGAAAGCACCUGCAGACGAGUCUGAAAAGCGCAAGAAAAAGGGCCUCCGGAUCACCCGUUUGAUGCAGUUCUGGAAAGUCAAGGACAAACGAUAG